GGAGUCGUACGACAGGAAAGUCGGAUCCGGUCAGUCAUAAUACGCUGCGAGAGUUGCCCCAGCAUCGCACAUUUGCUGGUGCAACUAGUAUAGCUAAAAUAGCCGUGUGACAACAUAGUAGUGUGAAAAGCUGAUUGCACCUUGUAUCCUAACAGUUUACUUAGCAGCAAUUUGCAGCCAAACGUAUCAAUAAAUCCAUACACUUACCGAAAAACAAAAGCGACAAGCCCUACUCAUACAAUAAUGGGACCGUUUAUCUACGUCCUGGGUCAUGCUCGAAGGCGUCGGCGACAGACAAGCGGCGCCUUGCCAACAAUUCUCGCACUGUUGUGGUUCGCUCUUGUGGUGUCAUAUCUCGUGUACGGUGUGGCAGCUGUGUCGGACGCGUCAGCUAGGUAUAACCUCCGCAGGCCGAUAGCACGGCAACUUGGAACGGCGGUGAUGAUUCCGCUAAGCAAAAGGCACGCGAGACGUCGUGAUGCGACGAUGACAAAAGACAGCGCCCAUGAAUCGGUGGCCAGCGCCAUUGAACUGGAUAACGAUAAUGAAACCGCGGCUGGCGAUGCAGGCGUUGACGAAGACGAGGAAUAUGUCGAACCCACGGACUACAGUAAAACUAAUGAUCCGGAGGAUGUGAAACUUCCACCGAGAAUUGGAAUGAUGAAUCAAGUAACAGUGAACACCAGUGAUAAUUCGAUAGAUGAGACCUCUAUCGAAGAUCCGCAAGCACUGGGAACGAUUCAGCACGAAAUCAAAUGGAAGGAGGAUAGCCGAUUCCAUGACCCUAUAGAUAACCGGUUUGUUGCCAGGAUUGUAUCAAUCUUUAUUACAAGCAAAGGCCUACGUCGAAGCUUCGAUUUCCGUAUCGCUAAACCCGCUCUUGAGCUCGCUGUGAACGACGUGAUGGACAAAUACCCCAACAUUCGAUUCAAAAUCAUUCAACGCCGGGGAUAUGUUGCCUGCCAGACAAACAACGCUGGAAAUAUGGCUGCCGAAGAAUACCACGGAAGCGAUGGGGCUACCGCUUUUAUUGGACCUGGUUGUUCAGCGGCUGUCGAUAUAGUUGGUCGUUUAGCAUCGUAUUGGAAUAUUCCAGUCUGUACAGCAGCGGGUGUGAGCGCCCAAUUUGAGGAUCGGUCCGUAUAUUCGACCUUGUUAAGACUUGCACUCACGAUAAACACUCUUGGGGACGCAAUCACUCACGUCCUCAAGCUUUUUGACUGGCACCACGUGGUCAUUCUGAGCGAUUCCUCACAAACGUUUUUUCGACAACUACACAAAGCGUUAUCACCUAUUAUGCGAAACUUUCAGCGGGAGGGGUACGAGCUUACCCGAUUUAACCGUGAAUUCGAAUCGAAGAAACAGCCCAACUACACUAAUCUACUGCUUGAGGGACGCGCACAUGGAAGAAUCUUCCUUUUAGGAGUAGAUGGCAUUGUCCUUCGGCAAAUAAUGUUGUGUGCAUACGACCUUGGCAUGGGUAAUGGCGAGUAUGCUUUCAUAGCUGCCAAACCAUACACGAAUGUUCGCUAUUUUGGAGAGUACACGUGGAACGUUGCAGGAGAUAAACGUAAUGAGGACGCCCGUAAGAUGUACGAACAGCUUAUGGUUAUCUCGCUCAUUAUGCGGCCAAGCCGGGAGUAUAAAAAGUUUGUCGAAAAGGUUGUGCUGAAAAGUAAGGCUGAACAAGUCAACGGGCCAAUGAUCGACAAAUCUAUUAUUAACGAGCUCUUGGGCGGGUUCUAUGACUGCGUGCAGCUAUAUGCGUGGGCUGUAAAUAAAACGUUAAGUGAAGGCAAAAACCCGCUUGAUGGGAAGCAUCUCAUCAACGAAAUCCUCAAGUCAACACAAAAUGGAUUAACGGGCAUGUUGCAGUUCAACGAAAACGGCGAUCGUAUGGCCGAAUACGCCAUUCAUGAUUUCAACUCAACUGGGCAAAUGGAUAUCGUGGCUAUGUAUAGUUCGCUAAACAAGACGGUAACAAUGCUGCCGAAUAAGUCGUUCUUGUGGUUGACAGGUUCAUCGCCGCGCGAUGUUCCCAUAUGCGGAUUUCUUGGCGAAGCACCCCACUGCCGUGAGAUAGAAUCGCCAAUUCUUCUCAUUGUCAUCACGGUGGUGACUUUAGCCAGCUUCCUUGGAAUGGCAGUCAUCGCACUCAUAUUUUACAGGAAAAUGAAACUCGAAACCCAGUUAGCCAACCUUUGGUGGCAUAUCAAAUGGGACGAAAUCAGCUAUCCGGAUAAACAACAGCGUAAGUCUGCGACAUCGCUUUCGAUCAACGGUGAUGGCCAAAAUAAUGGUGCCACCGAGUCGAAAACUUCACCGCGUUUCGGAACCGGGUUUCCUGUUGAAAAUGGUGUUCCUGGAAGAUUCGGAAAUGUACAUAUUGGAAUAUACAAGGGCAUGAAGGUAGCGGUUCGUCAACUACGUAUCUGCAAGUUCACGACCACCCGAUCCUUUCUGCUGGAACUAAAACAAAUGCACGACUUGACGCACGAAAACCUCGUCCGCUUAAUUGGGUUAACCGCUGAGGAUCUAAACGUUGGCGUCGUCAUGGAAUACUGCCCUCGAGGUAGCCUGCGGGACCUUCUCGAAAACGAAUCCCUGCGAUUAGACUGGACCUUUAGGUACUCAAUCAUCAACGAUAUUGUCGAGGGCAUGUGUUUCCUCCACUCGAACUUCAUCGGUUGCCACGGUCGUUUGCGUUCGACAACUUGUCUUAUUGACGCACGGUUUGUUGUCAAGAUAUCGAACUUCGGCCUGCGAGAGCUUCGAAGACAAGUCGCCCUACCAGAGAUUGAAGAUCCACGUGAUCUGCUGUGGUGUGCGCCUGAACAUCUCCGAGGCGACCUGCCUCUUCGGCGUGGCUCGCAGAAAGGCGAUGUGUACAGCUUUGCCAUCAUUCUGCAAGAGAUUAUCACCCGUUCGGGCCCUUUCGAAAAUCUAGAAAAGUACUCGCGGCAUUUUCUACCACCCGAAGAAAUUCUCUUUCGUGUCAAGCUGGGCUCGAAUCCUCCGUUUCGACCAGAUGUCACGCCAGAUGACUGUCCUCGUGAACUGCUGUCGCUGAUGAAGCUCUGUUGGAACGAAAGCCCAUCACUCCGACCGUCAUUUGCUAUCAUCAAGCAACUCAUGAAAAAGUACACGAAGUCCAUGGGAAGUAGCAACUUAUUAGACAACCUAUUGAAGCGGAUGGAACAAUACGCCAACAAUCUCGAACAACUAGUUGAAAAUAAAACUGCACUUCUCGUCGAGGAAAAGCGAAAGAGCGACGAACUUCUAUAUGAAGUGUUGCCCAGGUACGUGGCCGAGCAGUUGAAACGUGGUGAGUACGUGAAGCCAGAGGCGUUCGAAUGGGUCACCAUUUGUUUUAGUGACAUCGUAGGCUUCACGCAGAUCUGUGCUAAUUCAACACCUAUGCAGGUGGUGGACCUUCUGAACGACCUAUACUCGUGCUUCGACGCAAUCAUCCAGAACUACGACGUGUUCAAAGUCGAAACCAUCGGCGACGCCUAUAUGGUCGUAAGCGGCUUGCCCGUCCGUAACGGAAAUGAACACGCCAGGGAAAUCGCUCGGAUGACCCUGAGUUUGCUCAAAGCCAUUAAACAGUUUAGGGUUCGGCAUCAUCCCACCGAAAAGCUGCAACUUCGUAUAGGGGUUCACUCAGGUCCCUGCGCAGCGGCCGUUGUGGGGUUAAAAAGGCCAAGAUAUUGCCUUUUUGGUGAUUCCGUUAAUACGGCCUCACGUAUGGAAAGCUACGGAGAGGCAAUGAUGAUACACAUCACAGGAGAUACGAAACGUCUUCUCGACACGUUCGGCACAUUCAAAACCACCUGCAGGGGCGAGAUCCAAGUAAAGGGAAAAGGACAAAUGAUCACGUACUUUCUGGAGGCCGAAGAUCCGCCGUUUUCCCCAGAGAUCGGUCUUCAGGGCACCUUCUUUACCAAUGAACAUCUUCUCAAAGAUAUCUGAACUCGAAGAAAAACAACUCAUGAUUGUCGACAGACAAGCAUCAUUGCUUCACUAGAUCGUUAGUUAUAAAAAUUAACUCAGCCUUCAUACCCACAUAUAAAUACAAACAAGAAUAUAUUUGACAGAAGUCACUACACAAACGUUGUAACCGUCUACAAUCGCCAAUCUAUUACCCAACCUGGGGGUCUAAAUGAUUAUAUACCUAUAUAGCUUAGGGAAAAGGUCGACUGAGCGACAACGCAAGGAGAGCUACUGAUAUAAGGCGUUACCUGUCAUCAUUGCAUCAUAUCGUCCACAACCUAUGUAUACGAGAAAAAUAAAUAUAAAUUACGUAUGUACAAUUCCCACCCUAUUCCCUAGCAGCAACUAGUUUUGAAUUAAUGGUACCGGUGAUGAGGGUUAGAUCUACGGAGUGACGUGAUUCAAUUCAGUUCAAUAAAGGGUAAUCGACCAGGUUUACCGAAAUAGCACAAUGGAUAUCUGGUGCCUGUACCAUUAUAGUACACAUGAUUUGUACAUACUAUGGCGAAAUCCAUUCGGUACAUGGAAUUAUAUAGUAAUAACAACACGAACAUGACCACCAUUUACAAUGAGAGAGUAACAGCGCUAAAUUUGGAGGGAUUUUGUGAGAGGGCAAUGCCUUUAACUAUACACCUAAAGCUGUAAAUGUGACAAUUAUAUAAAAGUUGGCGAAUAUUACUAAGUAGCAUAUUUAAUAACACUGCGCUUAUAUAAUAUAACGCAAAUGAAAUCGGGUGCAUGACCACGAGAUAGAAUCAAUGGACGUGCCCCUCUAAACCGUUGUAUGAUUGUCUAUUAAGUGAAGUACAAUGACGAUCGGAUGCCGACCGAAUUUGUAUCUCAGGGCUGCCAGCGAUCCGCUGGCAUUGAUAGGCCUACUCGUCGUAGCGUGGUUGUUGCUAUAGGAAAAUCUUAUUGUAUAAUAGGAACACUCACCGUGAUUCGUUGAUUUAUAGCAUUACGAGGCGGUGGUCCAAGAUAUACAACUGUACAUUUAUCGCGUAUGUCAAAGUUACUAAAAACCGUACGUAAAACAAAAAAUAUCUAAUUGACCAUCGAUAGACAAUACCUCGACUGUUAGUCGAGGUAUUGUUAGGUUAAGGCUAAUUGGCACCUAAAAAGUUCUCAUCAGCUUGCCUGCCUCGAAGGACCAUUGCCAUAAGCGAAUGCUGGAUGCCUAAAUUGUAGAACGUUCCUGUCGAGCAACGGAGCAUUUCGGACAAUUUCAACCUAAUAAAUUGACGAAAAUUGGCUAACAAACCAUAGACAUUUCCAUUUUUACCUCGUCUCGAGCACCUACCUUGUACUCGCCGAACCUGAAUGACCAAGGGGAGCGCUAAACAUGGCCGUCUUCAUGAAGCCUUUCAGAUGCCGUUUUCUCUACGCAUAUAUGCGGCAAUUUAAGAGAAUGCUACUAUUGAUAUAAACAAAAGAAACUAACUGACACCGAGGUGAGCGUAUGUUUGAUACAGAGUGUGUGAUGAGUCGACGGUGUAUCGCGUGCUAUUUUAGAUGAACUAGACAAAGCGGUGACGGAUAAAUGUCCUCUUAUUACUUUCGUUGUAUUGUGAAGCGUGUGAAUAUCGAAACUAUGAAACAGGAUGAUUUACUAUCAAAGUAACGGAAACGCACGUCGGGAUGCAGCUUAUUUCUAUAUACAUCCACAUACACACACAUUCUUUAAUAUUGAAUAUAUUAUGUAUUUGUAAGGAAAACAUAGGAACAGAAGCACAAACACCUUCGUAAAAUUGCAUGCGUAGUACAGUCGGGAUAUAUAUAUAUAUAUACACACACACACAUUAUAACGUUAAUGAGUUAAGCGUCCUGUAACGAACGUGGGGAACGCAGCUCGACGCGUAAAACACUGCUCGUUCCCACCUUCUAUUACCCUGUUCUGCUUCGGGGGUGCUUAGCUCGCCUACGGCAUGGCUCAGAUAGUAAUCAAUAAGAGAUGUUACUGUGGAGCGCUAAGGGUCAGGGAAGGAAUCUCUUCGUGGGGCUCCAGUUACAGUCCAAAAAGAUCAUGUUAAUGCAUUUAAAAUUUUGUUUUUACGACUGGCCUUAAUGACUUCAUUUCAGUUUCUCACUAUCAUUACCAACUGCAGGUGAGCUUCAAGCUAUAUAAUUUACCAUUCAUAACGACAACGUUGACUCAGUCUUCCGGCAAAUUUAUUCGAUCGACUUCUUCUUCGACAGUAUGUAGUUCGAUAUAAUUAGUGCCAUCUGUAUAACUGCCGGGCUGAACUAUUUGUGUGCUUUAAGCUGAAGACAAAGCGUGCUCUCGUUCCCCUUCCGUCGAGGACCAAAACAGGGCAUUGUAUUUCACGCAUUGUAUAUUGCAUAUACGGCAUGCAAAAGUAAACAUGUAAAUCUAGCGUAGCAUUAUAUUGUAUCAUGAGUAUGACAUAUAUAAUACCACUACUACUACUACCCUAUACAUAUAUUCUUUGUGUACACAUAA